AUGGUUUUCUCCAUCAGCAGUCUGCUCUUCCUGAUCCUUCCCUAUUGCCUCUGGAAUGCAGAGGCCCGAAGAUAUAAUUCUAUUAUUUCAGUGAAAAAUGGAGGCUCUUGGGGUAAAUGGGGAAAACCUCAGUUUUGCUCCAAAGGUUAUGCUAGAGGCUUUUCAGUAAAGGUUGAAGCCAAUCAAGGUUUACGGGAUGACACAGGCUUGAAUGGAAUUCGCCUGUAUUGUAGUAAUAGAGAAGUAAUACAGUCUACAACUGGACCGAAGGGAAAAUGGACAAAAGUUAAAAUUUGCCCCAAAGGCAAUCUGGUCUCUUUCUCUCUGAGAGUGGAAAGAAACCAAAGGGAAGGUGAUGAUACGGCAGCCAACAAUAUCCAGUUCAUGUGCCAGGAUGGAAGUGUAAUCGCUAGACACGUAACAAAACGGGGUCGUUUUGGUCAUUGGAGCCAUCACUGCCAUUCUGCUUCCAUCUGUGGAAUCCAGACCAAGGUGGAGGCUCCCCAAAUGAAGCGUGAUGACACAGCCCUUAAUGACGUGAAGUUCUUCUGCUGCAGAUGAACCAGAAUUGAGUUGAAGGCACACAUUAGAUACCAUGAAGUGGGUAUCUGUG